AUGCAGCCACGCUCUGCUCCCUUCGUGUUGCCGCUCUUCAUACAUGCACCGGCAUACGUCAUGGGCUAUCUGGGAGCUCUAUUCAUUCAGGAUGAGGAGACGCAGGCGCAAGACAAGGCCGUCUUCGGCUUAUUCUGCGUUUCACUGGCAUUUCCCACCGUUUUCGUCCUCCUCUGGGCUUUCCUCUACUACUCUCCCAUCAGUGCCUCGAUCUUACUGGACCUUGACAUUAUUACUGGCAUAGUAUCACGUUAUCCUCCUGAAGGGUUCGUUCAUCCAUCUGUCGGCAUCGCUUUGGUACUGAUCCAACUGUUAGACGCGUACAUGCACAUGAGGCGCAUUCAGGCUACCUGGCGCGUUCUAUUAGGCUUCUGGGCCCUAAAGCCCUGCGAAUACUCUAUCACUACACUGCAGCAAUACAUCAUCACUCCGUCGCAUCCAUGGGUCAACAAGGGCCCCUCAACGCCGGUUGACGCACCGAAGGUCGAAGUAACGACAAGUACAAUGCACAUUUGUGUGCUCCACGAGCCGUUAGUGAAGCCACGCCAUGCGCGCCCGCGCUCCAGCCGUGUGAUGCGCCACGUUCUGCGCGCACGCGCAGAGGCUGCAUCUGCACUCGCUGCUUUCUUCGGCACACGAGCGCUCACCGGCCGUACCCGUCUGUGCAUCUGCCUACCUAGCUCGUGCGUUCCACGGUACUGUGGCGACAAGGACUCCGUCGUCUGGAUGAUCGAGGCGGUGUACGCCGCUUCCGCUCUCGAAUCUUUCGACGCCUCUCAAGCACGUACUAUAUAG